AUGAUUGUCUUUCAGAAAUCGCUCUUGCUGGUGAGCUUAGCAGCGUCCAGCACACUGGUGGCUGCUAAGGAUGAUUCCUCGCGACCCCGCGGAGUUGGGCCUGAAUUCGCUCAGUUCUACAAAGACACCACGACCUUCUCUUGCAUCUCCCACCCGGCUGUCCAGAUACCCUUCUCCGCCGUAAACGAUGAUUUCUGCGACUGUCCGGAUGGCAGUGAUGAGCCUGGAACUGCGGCAUGCGCGCAUCUGUCCGGCAAUACGCCGCUGAACGUCGCCCAUUUACAGGGUCACAGCAGCGAUGGGCUCAAGGCCGCCAUUCCGGGCUUUCACUGUAAGAACAAGGGACACAAGCCGUCGUAUAUUCCCUUUCAGCGGGUAAACGACGGUAUCUGUGACUACGAGCUCUGCUGCGAUGGAAGCGACGAGUGGGCCCGUGUCGGAGGCACGAAAUGCGACGACAAGUGCAAGGAGAUCGGCAAGGAGUGGCGCAAGAAUGAGGAGAAGAGGCAGAAGUCUAUGACGGCGGCACUGAAGAAGAAGAGAGAUCUACUUGUUGAUGCGGGCAGGCAGCAGAAGGAAGUCGAGGACCACAUUGCUGCGCUGAAGACCAACAUUGAGAUCAAGGAGAUGAACCUGGCGGCUCUGGAGGCUGAUCUUGAAGAAGUCAAGAGGAAGGAGGAGAGCAAGGUUGUGAAGGGGAAGAAGACGGGUAAGGUCAAUGUGUUGGCUGGACUGGCGAAGGGCCGUGUGGAUGAACUCCGAAGUGCAUUAGUGGAUGUGCGCAAAGAGAGGGACGAGAUCCGGACCCGGGUACAGGAACUUGAGGAGAUUUUGUCCAAGUUCAAGGUCGAGUAUAAUCCCAACUUCAACGACGAGGGAGUCAAGCGCGCUGUGCGUAGCUGGGAGGAUUAUGCUGCUCGGGGGCUUGCGGAGACUAUUCUCAACAGUGCUCGCGAUCGUGAUUGGGAUGCCAUCUCUCAGCCUGACAAUGAGGAUUUCGGAAUCAACUGGGAGCAAUGGGAGAACGAGGGCGACGAUGAACCAGAUACCGUCUACAAAAUCGCAGCCUACUUGCCCCCAUCUCUUGUUACAUUUCUAGAAGACAAGAUCACGUCCUUCACGAGCUUCCUUGAAAGCAGCGGCAUCGUACCUCCCAAGGACAAAGCCUCGACAUCCGAAUCCAAAGCCGUGGCGCAAGCCCGAGACGCCGUCAAGGCAACAGAAAAGGACCUUGGCGACUUAAGAAAGAAGCUAGAAAAAGAACAGUCCGACCUCGAAACAGACUAUGGCGUGGCCUCCGUCUUCCGCGCCCUCAAAGGCGUCUGCAUCCAGAAGGACGCCGGCGAGUACACCUAUGAGCACUGCUUCCUGGAUCAGACUAAGCAGAUCCCCAAGAAAGGUGGCUCAUCCUCACGGAUGGGCAAAUUCGAGCGUAUUGGGUCCGUUAGCGUCGACGAGCUCAACGAGACUGGUGAAAUCAUCCAGGUGCAGAAAACCUCGUUGGAGUACAAAAACGGCCAGGGAUGCUGGAAUGGACCGGCACGCUCGACGACUGUUGUCUUGGAGUGCGGUGAGGAAAAUGAGAUACUGAAGGUUGCUGAGGAUGAGAAGUGCGUUUACUCGAUGCUUGUCACGACGCCGGCUGUUUGUGCUGGUGGGGAGGAGCGGGGAAAUGUGGCUCCUCGGGCUAAGGAUGAGCUGUGA